AUGCUACUGUUAUUAUAUUAUCUGAUUUAUACAUUAUCGGAAGAUGUACAACGAAUAUGGGCAGCUAAUCCGGAUCUUAUACCCAUACAAG